AAAACUUAGGAUGGAGUAUGAGAAACAUCAAUGCCUGCACAACUGUAUAUACAGAGGAAGGAUCUCAGCAUUAUGCUUCUCCUUGGCCAAAAGUGUUAGAGUGUCCAUUGGAGUUUUUGGAGGUACUUGGAGGCCUUUGGAAUCAAAAAGGGAGUGGAAAGUGUUGUUUGAGCGAGUAGAGCACCGGAGCGGGCAACGGGAGCAACCUACGACACCCGCUCCAGACGAAACGAAGUCAGAGCGACGUCCUGCAGCGGGGUUAGGCUCCCGCUCUGAGCCCAAUAGCUCGUCGAUCACUUUCGAGAGCUGGAGUGACCAAGACGGAGCGAGGUCAGUCACCAGCGCGUAAAAUGAAGAAACAAAGUAUGCAUUUGGAGCGACGUCCCGGAGCGAGGUGAGGCACCCGCUCCGAACUCAACUUCUCGUCGACGACUUU